AUGUGUCAUGAGGGAGUUAUUUGGAGUAGUGAAGAAGCCUCCCAGUCAUUGUGCAACCCAAUUCUCACAGCCGCAAGAUUGGGGAUUUGCGAGAUUGUCCGUGAAAUUCUGAAGGCCUGUUUCUAUUCUUACACUUUUGGGAAUGAAAACCGACAUGCUAUAUUUCAUCUUGCAAUUUUACAUCGCCAGGAAAAAGUUUUUAAUCUAGUAAAUAAAAUGGACUCGUUUUUAUGGGAGUGGAAAGCGGCCAACAGGUAUGAAAGAACCAAUAACAUUUUGCAUUUAACUGCACGGUUGGUAAUUUCAAGUCAAGUCUCUGGUGCAGCAUUACAAAUGCAAAGAGAGUUACAAAGGUUCAAGUCGGUGGAAAAUUAUGUCCAUCCAUCACUUCAAGAACAACGAAAUGGGUACGGUAAAACUCCUAGAGAGGUGUUUACCAAAGAACACGAGAAAUUAGUGGAAAAAGGUGAAAAAUGGAUGAAAGACACUGCUUCAUCAUGCUCAAUUGUAGCUGCACUCAUAAUCACAGUAGUCUUUGCAGCAGCUUUCACUGUACCAGGUGGCAAUAAAGAGAAUGGGACACCCAUUUUCUUGCAGAGCAUAGCUUUCAUAGUCUUCGCUGUAUCGGAUGCACUGGCACUCUUUUCUUCCAUUUCUUCAGUGCUGAUGUUCUUGGCAAUCCUCACUUCACGUUACUCCGAAGAUGAUUUUUUAGAGUCACUGCCAAAGAAGUUAAUGGUUGGCCUUAUCACCUUAGUUAUUUGGAGCCGUGCUGAAGCAAAGCCAUUACAUACACCAGUUUUAACAGCCGCAACAUUAGGGAUUUACGAGCUUGUCAAUGAAAUUAUGAAGGCCUAUUUCUUCUCGUUUGUUUUCGCUAAAAAUGAUGAUGAUGACAUACUUCGACUUGCAAUUCUAAAUCGCCACGAAAAAGUAUUUGUGAUUGAUCCUGUUCACUUAACUGAAUUGGCCAUUAGAAAUGGAGACGAAAUCACUGAGAUGAAGCAAGGUGGUGAUCCUCGUUAUCAAACUGCAAAUUUGCAAAGCCAUGAGAAUGAUGAAUCUAUGAAUGCAGAGGGGGCUCUAAUUGGGAUGUAA